UAAAAGGCAGAGGGGGAAGGGGAAGGUGGAGGUGAGCCGGCGGAGGAAAGAUGGCGAGUUUUGGGAAACUCACAGACUACUUUAAUCGGCGCAAGUCUCAAGAGGAGAUGCGGGAGGGAAGGAGCGCGCAGCGCAGCGGCAGCUACUGCUGCACCGUGGCCGAGGCCAGGUCCCUGGAGAGGAAGCUGCAGAGACCCAUGCUGGCUAAGUCCCGGACCCUCCCCAGCAUCCCCCAGUCUCCCACCGUCUCCAGAGUGCAUCACUCCCAUCUCCUCGGCGGGAGUCCUCCUCGUAGGAAGAACCCGCCCCCCGCCGCCAGCCACCCAAAGGCCUGCACUCUCCCGCCAGCAGGGGAGCUGUGGCGCUUGGAGGACGACAUGGAGGGCGGAGACGAGCCCGGGCACGGCGACGGCGGCGGCCCCGAGGCCCGCCCUCGCUCCCAGUCCCCCUUCUCCCACUUCCGGGCGCGAGCCGCCUACCUCCGCAAGAGCGUCUCGGCGGACGACCACCUGGACCUCGGCUCGGACUUCGGCUCCGCGGCCGGCGCCGAGAGCAAGCCCCCCCGCAGCAGGAAGGGCAAGCUGAAGAGGAACUUUAGUCUGGGCUCCGCUGACCGAAAGGAGAAUCAGCACAAGAAGUCAGAGUCGGGCAUCUCCAAAUUUACCCACCGCCUGUCCCUCAAAGAGCGUGUGGCCAAAGCAGAGAAGACCUCCACGGACAGACCUCCAUCCUACAGAAGACGAUCUCUCAGUGUGGACUGGGCCGACUCGGCCAAGAUGACGCAGCCCACGAGGGGCGACCAGGCCCACCAGCCGGCCCCGACCCGCAAGUCGGCCAGCCUGUCCUCGCCGAGCGCGGCCCGCCGCCUGUACCGCAACUUGUCUGGAAAGUUCCGUGUGGGCACCAACCCCCCCGCUCCGGAGGACAGCGCGGUGUCGGGGCGGGGAGGAGACAAGGAGAGGCUUCGCAAAACCACCGUAUUCCAGAGUAACGAGGCGCUGUUCGAGGCGGUGGAGCACCAGGAGCUGGACCUGGUGCAGCUGCUCCUGUCCCAGUACAGCCUGGAGGAGCUGGACCACAACACCCCCAACAGCGAGGGCCUCCUGCCGCUCGACAUCGCCAUCAUGACCAACAACGUGCCCAUGGCCAAGCUGCUGCUGCGAGCUGGUGCGAAGGAGAGCCCCCACUUCGUGAGCCUGGAGGGCCGAGCGGUGCACUUGGCCACCUUGGUGCAGGAGGCCGAGCGGCGCGUCUCGGAGCUGCGGGCCCAGCUCGGCGGCGAGGAGGGACCCGACCGGGAGAGGCAGCUGAAGGCCUGGGAGUGGAGGCUCCGCCUCUUCCGCCGCAUGCAGACGGGCUUCCAGCAUGCCGCCCCCCCGGACGCCCCCGCUGCAGUUCGCCUGUCCGUCAGCAGCAGCACCGCUCUGAGGGUGGACUUCCAGGAACCUCCCUGUGUCAACUCCGCCGUGGUGACCAAGUACAAAGUGAGCUGGAGCACUGCUCCUUCAUUAAGUCCUUUGCUGGGGGAGAUGGUGGUGGAGGACACCGCUCUGCUACAGGGGAACAUCGCGGGGCUCACUUCUGGGACCUAUUACUACGUCCAGGUGUCUGCCUACAACAUGAAGGGCUGGGGGCCUCCGCGAGCUUCCAUCCCGGGCUGCGCUGCACCUUCCAGUUGGAGGGACAUCGACGGACGAGCGCCGCGUCAGAGAGGCCAGAAGGAGGCACUCGACCAGCUGCUCGGCCAAAUAAAGGAAGCUCACCGCCACUGUGUCUGCCAUGAACAGUGUAAAGCUCCAGCGCAAGGGAGGAAGCACUCGGUGUCCAAAAGCCUGCGGCACCUCUUCCAGCCCACCAGCAAGUUUGUUAAAGGCUUGAAAAGGGGUCUCUAUCUGACAUCCAUACUCUACAGAGACGACAACGUGUUGGUGACGCCGGAGGACCAGAUUCCCAUCGUGGAGGUCGAAGAUUCCUACUCGAGCUCCCUUAUGCAGGACUUCCUCUGGUUCACCAAGGUGUCUUACCUGUGGGAGGAGGUUCCCUGGCUGCAGCAGUGUCUCAGUCCUUCCCAGUCGUCCUGCUCCUGCACUCUGCAGACGCGACUCAAGAUGCUGCAGGCCGUCUCCCAGCUGCAGGGAAUGCUGGGCACCCAGGACCUCGGCCAGGUGUAUUUUGAGCCAAUCAAAGACAAGCACGGUAACGCCUUGCUGGUGCUCCUGAAGGACAUGAACGCCUGUCCUAACCUGGACGGGGUCCGCUGGACGCAGCUUUGCAAACUGCAGCUCCAACGCAAGUCCAUCUCCUCCCCCGAGGAGCCGACGGCCCUGGACAUGCUGCUCAUCACGCUCCACGAGAAGCUGGCGUAUCACAGGCGGAGCAGGAAGGUGUUGUCUCCAGGCCUCUACCUGGGCUACCUGAAGCUGUGCACGUCGGUGGAGCAGAUCAGAGCGCUGGUGCCCCAGAAACUGCCCAACGUCCUCUGUCACACCAAAAUCCGGGACAACGGCAACGUUUCCAGAGAGGAGUGGCAGUGGCUGCAGGCCCUCAGCUCCCUGGAGGAGGCGUUGGAGAUGGACCAGGAGGAGCAGAGUGCUCCACAUCGCCUCCUACAGGACCUGCGCGGCGCCAUCAAAGACCUGAUGGCUCACAUCAACGUCCUCGGCAAUCAGAUGCAGGACUUCCGUCUCUAUAGCCAGGAGGUGGUGGAGUUUGGGGAGAAAGUGUCCUUCCUGCUCCUUCUCCCACCUUCAGACGAAGUGUGCACAGCUCCCGGUCAGAACAACCCGUACUCCCCCCGCUCUGGCUUCCUCACGCUGCCCCUGCAGAUCUUUGAGCUGGUCCACUUCAACACCUACAGCCCCAGUUUCAUUGGCCAGUACUGCAGAGUGUCGGCUUUGCUGGAGCUGGAGUCCCUCAUGUCCCAGCAGGCCCUAAGGGAGGCCUUCUCCGAGGACGAGCUCUUUGCCGCUAAGAAGAAACACCAGCAGGUCCAGGAACACAUUCAGCAAAUGGAGGAGGUGUGGCGCGACGCCAGGUGGAUCAUGGACGCCCUGCAGUACGCCCGCUACAAGCAGCCCACAGGAGGCCUCUCCGUGAGCUGGAUAAUUGACUUCUCCAAGGAAGUGAUGUCCGACAAGCCGCCGUCCACCUCCUCUCAGCCGGACUUCAUGCCCUCGCCGGAGCCCUGCCGCAAGCACUCAGGCCCCUUUCCUCAUAUUUCUGCCGAUUUCGCCGGACUCUCGGACGAGGAAGGCUCCGACGUCUUCCUCACCACCGACAGCGACUACGACUCCAGCCGCGCGCAGAGCCCCCGCGAGCUGGACCUGUUGCCCCCCUCGCCCCUCUCCUCCUCCGUGCCACUGGAGCCCCGCGGCUUCCUGCGCAGCGACGGCAGCGGCUCCGGGGGAGGGACGUGCCCGGGCGGAGGGGGGCGCGCGGCCGGGUCGCUGAGGGGCUCCACGCCGGACGUCCUGCAGGCCUCGGAGCCGCCGCCCGGGAGGGAGGGCGAGCGGUGCGGCGUGGAGCGGCGCCGGGGGGGCCCCGAGCUCUUUGACAGCGACUUCAUCCUGCCCAGCAGGCAGAUCGAGCUGCUGCACAUCACCGAGAAGCGGCAGGCCUUCUGCGUGAGGACCAGCAGCCUGGAGUUCCCCUCCGCCGCGUCGGCCCACCAGCCCUACUCCAACCACACCAGCUGCGCCUCGCCCUCCGCCUCGCCACAGCGCCGGCCCGCGUCGGCGGAGCGCUGCCUGCCGCAGGCGCGCACUUUGUCGCAGGACAGCGGCACGCAGAGGCUCUCCUCGCAGUCGCCCGCCGCCCUCAGGAAAGGCUGCCACAGCACCCUCAGGGUGCACCCGCAGUACCGCACGGGCCUGCCGAAGGAGACCAGCGUCAAGCUGUGCGUCACUCCGGGGACGUCGGCGCGGGAGAUGGUGCAGCUGGUGGUGCAGGAGAUGAACGUGGUGUCGCGGCGCAUGCUCGGCGGCGGCGGCGGCGAGCAGGAGCGCUGCGUGUGCUACGGCCCCGAGCAGCUGAAGCACUUUGCCCUCGUGCUGGUGGUCGACAACAGAGAGAAGUGGCUCCAGGACGACUUCUGUCCCCUGGAGCUUCAGAACCCGUGGCUCAGGGGGAAACUGUGCGUUCGCAUCAAGGAGUAUUCGCCACUGGCGCUCAAACACAGCCGGGCCACCACCGUGUGACCCUUCGUGCCACGAUCUCUCUCGGGGUCGACGUGUAUGGAAAUGGAGGAACUGUAGCGUUUGAACAAAACAGGGCUCCUUAACUCCAACGCCUCACUGAUGCAGCUACAGCACGGCUCUCCCCUGCUGUGUCCUCAAUUAAAACCUCCACGGGGGACACACCCAACGGAACAAUGAAGAAAAAAAAAAAAAAAAGCGUCUGUAGCCGUCAGACUCGGGCCUCCGCCAUGAACUCUCUCAUUGUGUGAUCCCCAAAGAGCCGGCCCCGCGUUCCCAGGACGUGGCUCUGGACGGGCUCCAGGGGCCGAGAGGAAGGGAGGAGCACAGCUGGCGUCCCGGCUCGAGGAAGCGAUCGGCCCGGCGAUUUGGCCCGUCGGCCCGUUACUCAGCUGCUGCUGGCCACUGUGCUGUCUGCAGGCCAUGGGGGGAGGAGGAGGAGGAGGAGGAGGAGGAGGAGGAGGAAGGUUCACAACAUGGCACUGGUUCUCUGGUGCUCGGUGGCUCACUCCUGCAGCAGUAGAACCUCUGUACAGUAGACUCAGUCGUAGUGUAGCUAACAAACAAAAUAAAAAACAAUUGGGUUUUCACAACGGAGCAAACACGAGCAAUACUUGAGUUUUGUUUUUCUUAUAGAUGGGAGAAAAAGCAUGUUAACCUUCCAGAUUUGUACUCCUCCUCAGUACUGUAGUCCAUGCCGUGCUAAAAGUUGACCAGUUGAGUGUUUUGUCGUGUUUGGAGGUAUUCCCCGAAGCAUCAGAGAAUGGUGCCCACGUGUCUGCAGAGCGUCUCCCACAGGGCCAAAGGGGGGGCAAAAUAACAUAUCGUAUACUACAGACUCAAGUUAUAUAUGCAAGGCCUUAACUACACAUUUCAGCCCAUCAACGAAGCGCUAUGACCUGCGAUGUGGAGAACAGCAGCGUGACAUUAUGAGAGGAGCUUCGGGUGCACACACAGCACCAACCUUCAUGCAGACAUCACAUGACAUGCAAGGAUCCCGUCAGUCAACAAAACACCAAUAAACACUUCGUUCACAUUUGCUUGUUAUAUUACUUCUAAUUUCCUACUUUUCGCGUUGUCAUUACACAAAUCCAGUUAGCAGUAAGCAUGCUAGCAGCGCUAGCUUCUCAACCCUUGCUCUUCUACGCUCUCUGGUAUUUGGAUGACGUCCAUUACCAAAACGCCGAUGAACAUGUUAUAGUUUAGGAAUGAAUAGCAUUACAUUGACCGAGAUAAUAAACCAAGCCUCUUAGCAAUCUGAUCCACCUCUUUUUUUGCCGUUCUUUGGGGACACGUUUAGACGACACAGGGCUCUCAUGACCCGCAGCAUUUCCAAAUGUAGCAGCAGAAAGGUCCAGAAGGAGAGGAGCAGCGAGGCGGAGGCGGCGGACCUGGCCUCGCUUAUCGUAGCGCUUGCCGCUGUCACAGGGAGGGUCUCCUUCCACUUUACAGGAUGUGUUUACGUGCAACUACUGUAUGAAGAUGUUGUUUUAAGUUGUAAUUGGUUCUAAUGGCUCAAACUGUUGUGUUAGCGCUUAGAUGUCUUCUUUAUUCACUUUGUUAAGAGCUUUCACCACAAACUGAAACCGUGUAAAUAGACAAAACAAGACCAGGGGAUGAAUGUACUGUAUCUGCCCUCAAUGUGAAAGGAGGUGAAUGUGGGGCUGUCAUCACUGCUGGGGUCAAAGGUCAGUGAAGACUAAGCUAAAGCGGUAGAGGGGGGGGGGGGGUUAUAUUCCAGUUUCCAGUUGAAAAGUAAAGCCCCACGUUUACAAGGAGCCAUCGGGCGAAGUCAUGAAGGAGACAUCACGUCACUUUUUUAGAAUCUAUUUUUUAUUGAACAAUAAAUGAACAUUACAAAAUAAAAGCCACGGUUGUUUUACGAGGGU